UGUGGUUUUAAGUAAUCAAUAGUUUGCUUUUUGCUGUCUACAGUGCUUGAUCACUUCUAGAGCCCAGCACGGGCAUGUAUCUCGCUGCAAACCUUUUUAAAUUGGCACAGAGAUUAAGAAAGAUAUUUAUGUAAAUAUUGACCCAGUUUCUAUCUGCAUAACCUUCAUAUUCUAGACGCUCAAAUAAAACUAGAGAUGAAUGUGAGAUCCGUCCGGCUUCUGGCAUCUGAACUAAUUCGGUCAGGAAUUUCUCUCUGAAGGGAGCGUAGUACAGGCUCUGCGAUUCUCGCACACUGCUUGGCAGCUCUCCAAUGAGAGAGAGAGAGAGAGAGAAGAAUGCCGAGAGGGAGAGAGAAGGGAACACAAGGAUCCUGUGCUGCACAGGCCUCCCUGGUGCUUUCGGGUUGUCUGGGGAGGGAAGGAGAGGAGACUGCCUGCUCCAGCAUGUUCACAGCUUCAUUUGCAGUGGUCUGAGCCACCUGGUUUUCUCUCGAACUGUAGCGACGACACUGAUGUGAGGACAGGAGAGCCUGAGGACGGAGGUGAGAGGCAGUGGGAGAAUCAUUCUGACGGCUGUCUGGUUCUCCAGAUUAACCAACGCUCUUAAUCCUCCUCACAUUGCAAAAUGAGUUUCUCUGGAGAUCCUAGUGGUUAGGAAAGCAGGGGACAGGAGCAAGCAAGCUGCGAGGUCAUGCUGCAGUGCUGGAGACAUGUCCCCCGGACGGGGACACAGUGGAUCUCUAGAGCUGGGGGACACCGGGGGUUCCUGGACACAGCGCGGACCUCUCACACGAUGAAGGGCAUGGAGAGGCUCUUCGGUUCAAGCAGAGUCUAUCGGGCACAACCUGUGAAACAUGAAGCGAGGACGGGCAGCAGCUGGCUGAGGUACAGUGGGAGGCUGUGGGAGAAGUGCUUUCCAGUGUGUGCGUCUCAGAACAGGCACCUCGCUUCCAGCUCCCCUUCAGACCCCGUGGAGAUUCACAAACGGAAGCUGGCCCUGUGGUUCAGCCACCUCCCGAACGAGGAGAAGCAGUUUGGGGGUCUCUUCUCCCCAGACACCAUGCACGUGGAGCCGCUGAUCCUGGAGGGACCCCCGGGGGAGAAUGUCAACCCCCUGACUGGGAGGGAGACCCCCGGCUCGGUACAUCGCUCCCUCACAGUGGGGGAGCUGUUCGACCCAGACCCGGGGUGGGAUCCUGAACAGGGCCAGAACGUGGUUCUGUACGGCGCGGUGGGGACGGGCAAGAGCACACUGGUCCGGAAGCUGGUUCUGGACUGGUGCUCGGGGUCGACUCUGGCCCAGUUUGAGCUGGUGGUCCCUCUCUCGUGCGAGGACCUUUCUCUGCAGAGCCGGCCCACCUCCCUGCAGGCCCUGGUGGGGAGGAUGUACCGGCACCUCCGCCACUCGGAUCACCUGAGAGGGGACGGCCGGGACGUGCUCUUCAUCUUCAACGGCAUGGAGAAGAUGAGGCUAAACUUCAGCAUCGCUGCAACAGAGCUCUGCAGCAACCCGGAGGAGCCCCUGCACCCGGGAGCCAUCGCCGUCAACUUGCUGAGGAAGUACCUGCUCCCCGAGGCAAGCAUCCUGGUCACCACCCGCCCCUCGGCCCUGGACAAGAUCCCCAGCAAGUACGUGGACCGCUACACCGAGAUCUGCGGCUUCACCAACAUCGAGCAGCAGAGGGCAUACUUCACCAGCCGGCUCCUGCAGCAGGCAGAGGGCCAGUCGGGCCGCGACUCUCAGGAGCUCCUGGAGAUGCUGUACCUCAACCUGCAGCGCGAGAGCCAGAUCGCAGCUGCCUGCUUCCUGCCGUCCUACUGCUGGCUGACCUGCGCCACCCUGCACUUUCUGCACUUCACAGACGUCAGGGCACCCAUCCGCACUCUCACGGGCAUCUACACCAGCUUCCUGCGGCUCAACUUCGGGGGGGAGAUCCUGGAGGCGGCCGGGGGACCGAACCAGCAGGGCAUCUCCCUCAUGCACUACGUGGCCAAGACUGUGGGCAAGCUGGCCUACGAGGGGAUCACUUGCAAGAGGACCUCCUUCACUAAAGAGGAGGUGAUGGAGAAGAUCGGCGAGGAGGAUGACAGCGAUGAGGAGCUGAGGCAGCUGGCCGUCUUCCGCACCGACGUUCUGGGCUUCUUCUUGGCCCGCUGCGUGCAGAGCUCUCCCGCAGGCGGGAUGGGGGAGAUCCGCUAUGUGUUCACCGUGCCCGCCAUGCAGGAGUACCUGGCCGCACUCUACGUGGUGCUGGGGGAGAAGAAGACAGUCCUGGAGAAGCUGGGCAAGGGCGCCUCGGAGGUCAUCGGGCAGGCUAGUGACGACCUGACCACGCUGCUCAACGUGCUCUCCAAGUUCCUCCCGCUGCGGGUCUUCGCCUUCUUCAACCUGCUCAAGAUGUUCCCCAGGCUGUACAGCAGGAUCAGCGGCCACAGCAAUGGCAAGAUCGGCAAGACCAUGGCCAGCGAGAUGUUCAAGACGGAGGACCAGUUCAACGAGGACGUGCUGGACCAGGUGGAGCAGAGCGUGCUGGGGGUGCAGGGCCCCGCCCCCCUGGAGAGGCAGGAGCAGGAGUCCUUCGAGCUGUUCCCUAUCUUCAUGGGAGGGCUGCUGUCACACGGCAACAGGGUGCUGCUGGACCAGCUGGGCAUCUCCAUCAGGACCACAGCCGUGGUGCAGAUCACCCGCACGCUCAAGAGGCACCUGCUGCGGAACAGCCAGAAGCAGAUGCCCCCAGAGGAGCUGGUGGACUUCCUGUUCUUCCUCUACGAGUUCCAGAACCAGCGCUUCACAGCGGAGGUGCUGGGCUCCCUCUCCGCCCUCAACCUCUCCAGGGUCCGCAUGACCCCCCUCAAGUGCUUCGUGCUGGCCGCUGUGCUCGCCUGCACCCCCCCCAGGCACGUGCUGGAAUCGCUGGACCUGUCCUCCUGUAGCCUGACCUGUGAGUCGCUGGACACGCUGCGGCCAGUCCUGCUCCGCUGCAAGACUGUGAAUUUGCAGUGUAACAACCUGGGUCCCGAGGCCUGCGAUCACCUGAGGAGCCUGCUGAUCGAUAGCGCGUGUGCAGUUCAGUCUUUACAUCUGUGUGAUAACCCGCUGUCUGAGUCGAGUGCCCGCAGCCUGGCCGAGGCCCUGUUGGAGAGUCGCUCUCUGAGGCACCUCUCCCUGAUGAACACGGACCUGGGGGAUGGGGGUGCUAGAGAGCUGGCCUCGGGGCUGGGGGGCAACCAGGGGCUGGAGGAGAUCAACAUGGCGUACAACUCCAUCGGGGACAACGCGGCACUGCAACUGCUCGACGCCUGCAGGGCAAACCCCACUCUGAACACCAUACACCUGUACCUGAACGAGCUGAGCGAGAGCGGGAAGCAUUCCCUGCACAGUCGCGGGCUCGGGCAGGGCGAGAGCGGCAGGGUGAAGGUGCUGGCCUCCAUCACGCAGGGGGACGAGCUCUCCGAGGACUGGGAGCUGAUCCUCAACAACAUCCGCAGCCACGCCACCUCCUGGAACCGCCAGCGCGUCCGAGAAAACCUGCAGCGCUUCCUGCAGGAGCUGAAGGGGGCCAGGCAGCAGAACCGCAGCGUGGGGAAGAAACUGAGCUUCUGGAGGGUCCAGAGACAGGUGGCAGAGGAGAUCAGGAAUCUGGAGAAAGGGACCAGCAGCUAGCAACACAUUGAAGACUCCAGGGAUCAAGUCUAGUGACUUGUAGCUGUUUCACAGGCCCCAGUUAGCACCACUGUAUGCUCAGGUAAAGCAGUCUAGGAUUUGGUUUGACUGAUUGGGUCUGUGAACACAGAGCUAUAAACAUUAGGGUGUGAAAAGGAUGCCUUGUAAAUAAAUAUAUAAUAGCUGUACAUGCAAGAAGCCAUGCAAAUGAAAUAUACAGUGAAAUGACCACCCUUGUAUGUGAUGAUCAAAGCUCAGGUGAGCAUGGGACUUCACUGAGAAGUGUUACCAAGCAUGUUAUAAUGAAGGGAAGGCUGCUGCACAAUUGCUUUUAUAAGGGUCAGGGCAGUUUGCAUUAUGUUUAUUUUAUGUUUGUGUAUUGAUGGUUUGGGUUUUUAUGAGGUACAGCAAUGUGUUUCAUGAGUAUAAUGAUGAUAAAAAAUAACACGUGUUUGUAAAUAUAGGCAAAAGGCCUAAUUAACAUUGCAAGGUGUGGUAAGGGAACUGGGGGAUGUUUAAGUGUAUGUGGGUGUCAUGUAGUAUUACAUCCAGCAGGUGUCACACCUGAGCUACCAAUGUGGCUAUGUAGGAUCAUUGUAAACCUGGACUGGAUCAGACUGCAGUGUAACAGGACUCUUAUUUCCAGUCCUGGUGUGUGUCAGAGAGGUACUAAACAAGCAAUAGUCUCUGUUGGUCUUUCAGAGAUUAUGACUGAAUAUUCACCUCUCUCUAGUAUUUUGAAUAACAGAGGUUGACUGAGCUAUAAUAAUGAUCUCCAACACAGGGCAAUGCUGUAAGCCUCCUAUUGCGUAGCACUUUGAUCUAAUCUUAAUUACACCUGCGCUUGUCAUUCAUUUAAAUGUGUUCUAAUGUGUGCACUGUGUGCUAAUGAAGCUCGUUGUAAAACCUGGAAUGGAUUUCUGUUUAUCUGGGCAAUGGGAGGCUUGUCCCUGCAUUUGUGAGCAAUAUGGACAACGUUUUGGGGCGCAUGGUAAUUAAAUAAAAUACAACCUGUCUGUGA